AAAAAUAAAAAAAAUUCGAUCUUUUGGUGCUACCCACUACCCAGACGAGCCGAUCUCUCGCGAGCCCUCCUCCAGUCAUCCAUCCGAGCCGCAGCGACGAGCCGAGCCGCCGCGACGCCGCCGGCGAGCGCCUGCUCCGCCGCCGCCCGCCGCCGCAGAUGGGGGACGAGCGCGUGAAGGCGGAGGCGCUGCAGAUCCUGGGGCUGUUCCAGGCGCUCCCGCGCCUCGUCGUCUUCGACCUCGACUACACCCUCUGGCCCUUCUACUGCGAGUGCCGCUCCAAGAGGGAGUCGCCGAGCCUCUACCGGCACGCCAAGGGCAUCAUGUUCGCCCUCAGGGAGAAGGGGAUCGACAUGGCGAUUGCGUCCCGCUCCCCCACCCCGGACAUAGCCAAGGUGUUCAUUGACAAGCUGGAGAUCAAGUCCAUGUUCGUUGCCCAGGAAAUAUUCUCCAGCUGGACUCACAAGACAGAGCAUUUCCAAAAGAUUCAGAGGAAGACUGGGAUUCCUUACAAAUCCAUGCUUUUCUUUGAUGACGAGGACAGAAAUAUUGAAUCGAUAUCAAAAAUGGGAGUGACGAGCGUGCUGGUGGAGAACGGGGUGAAUCUUGACAUGUUUAAGUUGGGUCUGAGUAACUUUGCCACAAAUGUUGCUGCCUCGAGCACAAGUAAAGAUGAAUAGCCUCAUUGAACGACUAGAACCAACAGACAAGAAAAACAUAUAAAUUUAAGUUAAGCAUGCAUUUCUUGUAAUUUAUAUUGCCCUUGCUCAUGUACGAGAUGGAGUAUUUGAGUACAGGAUAACUUCUGAGAGCAAGUCUUUGCUUCAUUUAUGUGGAUGUUACGAUUCGAUCGAAUCAGAUGAAUUUGAUUCGAUCGGUGAAUUGAGUCAUACUGAAUUAACUUAAAUGUAUAUUCAAUGUUUGGCUUGACA